AUGCCAUCAACCCCAUGGACCAGGCCUGACACAAGCACACGCCCAAUCGCCGUAAUCGGCGGUGGCGUGAUGGGCCGACGAAUCGCUAUGAUGUGGAUAGCCUCUAACUUCACGGUAAUCCUGUGCGAGAAAGAGCUCCAAUCCGGCAACGCCGUGAAAUACGUCCAGGAACACGAAGCCGAACAAGCCGGCCUGCAAGGCACGGAACCCGCCGAGUUGAAAGCAACAACCUCGCUACAAGAAGCCGCGGGGAACGCAUGGAUGGUCGUCGAAGCCGUCCCGGAGAAGCUGGAGUUGAAGAUCGAUCUCUUAGCGGAGCUGGACAAGAUCACCCCGCCGGACUGCAUAAUCGCCAGCAACUCAUCGUCCCUUCGGUCCAGCCAGAUGAUCGUCAAAACGGAGAAAAAUUACCGCAUCUGCAAUGGUCACUACUACAUGCCGCCGGACCAGACGUACUUCGAGCUGAUGUCGUGUGGCCACACGGAUCCUGACGUCUUUCCGUUUUUGAUGGAGAAGGCUACUCAGGCUGGGUUCAAGCCUGUGCAUGCUCAGGGUGAUUCUACUGGGUUGAUUUUCAAUCGCAUCUGGGCAUCGCUUAAGCGGGAGAUUUUGCUUGUCUUGGCUGAGGGUAUCAGUGAUGCUCAGACCAUUGAUGAUAUGUUCAAGAGUUGGUUCAAGGCUACCAAGGGUCCUUGUCUGAUGAUGGAUACUGUUGGCUUGGAUACUGUGUACAAUAUUGAGGUUGUGUAUAGCCAGCAACGUCAAAUGGAUACCACUGCCAUGAAAUGGCUGAAGGAGAAUUAUGUUGACAAGGGCAAUCUGGGGGCCAAGGCUGGAAAGGGUUUACUUGGAUGA